CAACCGGUUGUUGAUAUUUGUUUAUAUUGAAGGAUAAUGUUGAUAAUUGUGAAUUUAAAAGUUAUCGGUUUAUCAGUAAAUUCGAUAAGCUAGAUUAAAUUGUGGUUAUUUUUUUAAUUACAUGCGAAUUACUUUAUUAGUAGUUCAAAUUGAAAAAGCUCACCGGCUGAAAGUAAAAUCAAAAUGUCAAAAGUUCUCAUCUGUCAAAUUGCAACAUCCAAGAAAAAAGCAAAAAAAUAAAAAUUUUUUAUUUACUCCUUUUCACGAUGUUUUAAAAUAAAUUUUUAUAUUUUUAUACUCGUUAUUAGUGUAACUUUAAUAUGGGAAUUUUACAAUUAGAAGAACAGCCGCCGAUGAUUCAAGCCAUUUUCGUCGGUGCAAUAGAUGAAGUUAAAGAGCUUAUCGAGUACAAGCAUGACGUUAACAGUUUAGAUGAAGAGAAAAGAACACCACUACACGCAGCGGCGUACCGAGGCGAAGCAGGCAUAUCGUCUCUUCUGCUCAAGAACGGCGCAAAGGUAAACGCCAAAGACAGUAAAUGGGUGACCCCCUUGCACAGGGCCUGCUCCGUCGGGGCGGACGGAGUCGUGCAUUUACUAUUAAACUACCAAGCCGAUGUGAGCGCUCGAGACAGACUGUGGCAGACGCCUUUACACAUCGCCGCCGCCAGCGAUUCGUACAAUUGCGUCGAGCAAAUUUUGCACCAAGUGCCCAACCCGAACGUCAGAGACAGAUCCGGCAGAACGGCCUUGCACUAUGCGGCUUACAACGGACACACGUUCGUGGCCGAAUUGCUCAUAUCGAGAGACUGUAUGGUCAAUGCCUGUGAUAAAAAAGAUUGUAGACCUUUGCAUUGCGCUGUACAAAUGGGACACACCGAUACGGCGGAAUUACUCAUUAAAUUCGGAGCGGAUAUUAACGCUAAAGACAGGAACCAGUACACGCCUUUGCACGUAGCAGCCGCUAACGGUAUAGAUAACGUGAGUAGAUUAUUGUUAAAUUCAGGCGCCGAUGUUAACGCUCAGAACGUCUACGGGAACACUCCCUUGCACAUAGCUUGUCUGAACGGCCACUUGGGCAUAUGCCAGGAUCUCGUGGCGUCCGGGGCCAACUUGGAGGCCACGAAUUUCCGAGGCCAAACGCCAUUGCACAUAGCCGCAGCCAGUACGCACGGCAUGGACUGUUUGAUGUAUCUACUGCGACAGAACGUUGACCUUAACUGCCAAAGUUUGGACGGUAGGACUCCGUUGCACAUGACGGCCAUACACGGACGGUUCACCAGGAGUAAAACGCUCAUCGAUAGCGGAGCUCAGAUAGAUUGCGCUGACAAAAACGGGAGUACCCCGUUGCAUAUCGCCGCUCAAUACGGACACGAUUUGUUGGCCAAUACUUUGCUUACGUUCGGUGCUAAUCCGUCGAAGAAAGGUUACGAAGGAAGAACGCCUCUGCACAUGUGCUGUCUCUCGGGGUACGUCGAAUGCGGAAGGAAAUUCGUGCAAUGCGGCGUAGAUCUAAACGAUCAAGAUGACUCCGGUAAAACACCGACUCAUUGUGCCGCUUACAAAGGAUCUCAUGAGUGCCUAGACUUACUCGUUAGUAACGGGGCUGAUUUUAAGAUAGUUGAUAAUUUACGCCGUCUUCCAAUACACUACGCGGCUUCGCAAGGGCAUUACGAAUGCGUUUUUACCUUGGUAGGUAUAGGAAGUCCGUUUAACGAGGCCGAUAUCGAAGGAUGCACGCCUCUGCAUUUAGCCGCUGCAUACGAUCAUGCCGGACGGUGCGUCUAUUAUUUGCUAGAUCACAAAGCCGAUCCCGCUAUGAAAGAUAACAGAGGAUUUACGCCUUUGCAUUACGCCAUAGCCGGCGGGAACGUUAACGGAGUACAAAGGCUGUUGGAAGUCGAGCAGAAGAACCAAGAGAAGAACGAUGUAAAGAAAAUGCUCAGUAAAUGUUCAGUGGAUAUUACGCCUUUGCAUCUUGCUGCCAAACUCGGGAAUAUCGAUAUACUCAAAAUGAUAAUGCCUUAUUUUACCGACGUGAACAUUAGGACUAAUCAAGGAAUCACUCCGUUGCUUCUGGCGGCAAGAGAGGGACACUCUCAGUGCGUUCAAGUUCUAUUGCAUUACGAUGCUAAGGUGGCUAUGGCUGAUUACGUAAACAACAUGACGCCCGUACACUACAGUGCCAAAAACGGACAUUCCCUUUGUUUAAGUUUAUUAUUACACAAUAGCGAAGACCAGAACAUCGUCAAUAUGCUCGACAGGCAACACCGCACUGCCCUCAUGCUGGCCGUCUCCGGCAACAAUCUCGAAUGUGUUCAUACUCUACUAAGAUGCGACGCGGAUCCGAAUAUCGUAGACACCGACGAUCAUUCGUGUCUAUUUCGAGCGGUCGUCAGCGGUCAAGAUGGCGUCGUGCAAUUGCUGCUGUCCAAUAACGCAAAGGUCCAAACGACUGACGUGAACGGCAAAACCGUCCUGCAUUUAGCGGCGGCUUGCGGUCAAUUUAAUUGCAUGCAAAUGAUACUCAAAUACAUGACCGAGGAUCAAGUGAGGGCCAAAGACAAGCAACAGUGCUCCGCCCUUCACUGGGCUUGUUAUCACGGUUACGCAAAUUGCGUGGAAUAUUUGCUGGAACAGAAGAUAUUUAAGGAACUGGAACAAAAUUCGUUUUCGCCUAUCCAUUGUGCCACUUUUUCAGGGUCAGAUAAGUGCCUAGAAUUACUAGUCAAUUAUUUCGGAAAGGAAAUCGUAAAUAUAUCGGAUUGCAGACAAAGGAGACCGUUGCAUAUCGCCGCUCUUCACGGGCACACGGAAUGCGCCAAAUAUCUGCUCGAGCAAGGCGCCGAAGUGCAAGUGUUCGACGAAGAGGGCAGGACACCUUUGAUAGCCGCCGCGCAAUACGGACAAACGCAAAUCGUCGACAUUUUAUUGACCUGUAAUAUUGAUCGUACUACUUGUGAUAAAUUUGGCAAUACCGCUUUACAUUGGGCGUGCCUGAAGAAGCACAACCAAACCGCCUUAUUAAUUUUAGAGGAUUCCCAAGGUGACACCAUUAUCAACGUAGCCAAUAAGGAUAAAAAAACCCCACUUCAUAUUUGCGCGAGGAACGGUUUAGUAGACGUCACGAGGGAAUUACUGAAGAAAGGAGCCUCCGUAGUGGCUGUAGACAACGAAGGUUUGACACCGGCCCUUUCUUGCGCUCCCAACAACAACGUCGCACAAUGUUUGGCCUUAAUUCUGCAGGCCCUAUCCAACGUGAUCGAUAAGGAACUCCAGGAAGAAACCUUCAGUAAAUUAAUCUUUCAAACCGUCGCGUGCGAUAAAAACGCGAAAAACAAAUCCUCCCAAACCACCAUCCUCUACCCGAACCGCCAGCAGGGCAGCACCGCGAAGAACGCACCGCGACUGCUCGUAGACAACGGCGAUUGCUUCAUCAAAGAAAAGAAGGAUUUCAACGAGGGCAUCGAGAAUAACCGCGAAACGCUCGGUUUGAAUUUGCACAAGUCCUACAGCCACAUGUCGAUAGCGGCCCAGAAGGACGCGAAGAAGGGCGCCGCCGGGCUGACGAAGGCCUGUCGCGAAUGCUUCAAGCUGCAGCACCGGUGCAGCGAGUGCAACUUGAAGCUGUUGCUGAAGAAGCACCUCUCGGGCAAGUCGACGCGCGAGGAGUUCCAGGUGUUCCUGAACAAGUGCAUGAACGAAUCGACGUCGGAGUACAAGUUGCUGUUCAACAGCGGCUGCGAGUCGCCCAGAGAAGUGGGCUUGGGAGAUAAGCUGGUGAAGUUGGAGAAGAAGAAGCCGUCGGAGCAUUUGGGUUUUGCGCAGAAGCACAAAGCGGUGCAGAGGCCUUCUACUUCUAGUUACCUAAGGAAGUCUCCCGGUAAAUUCGAAUCGCAGUUGCCGAACGCUGAUGAUCAGUUGUUGGCGACGUUUUGGCGUAAUUAUGUAUCGUCGUUGAAAGGUAGCGAGAAUUCCACCAACAAGUCGAUGUCUACAAGCAGAAUGGAAGAACUUUCUAAUGUACGUAUAACCGAAUAUAUUCCAACAAUUUACACUAAUCCGAGAACGAUUUGUUACAAACAAAACGGCAUUGAACGAAAAUGCGACAUUUUCGCAGAACGGGACGGUGUUAUAAUAAUAGUGUACAACAAAACCAGAGACGUAUUGGUGCUGGUGAAGCAAUUCAGGCCUUCCGUGUACCUUCAACAGGUGCUCGACCAGGACCGUACGGGUCCCAUUGACGUUAAUAAAUACCCGGCAAAUAUCGCUGUAACGUUGGAAUUUUGCGCUGGUUUGGACGAUAAAAAUAUCCCCAGUGCGCAGCUAGCUAGAGAAGAAAUACUGGAAGAAUGCGGCUACAACAUCGACAUCGAUCAGCUCGAAAAAAUCGGGGUUUCGAAGAAUUUGAGCGUCACCACCGGAGCUAAUUCGACUUUCUACUACUGCGAAGUGACCGAUGACAUGAGGGUUUCCACGGGCGGAGGAGUCGAUGGGGAAAACAUAGAAGUCAUCGAAAUGCCUGUCGAGGAAGUUAUCAAGUACGCUUGCAAUCCAGAUUACGUAUCAUCCCCUACCAAUUUCCUGUACGGAUUCUACUGGUUCUUGUACAACAAGUACCAAAAGAAAUAA